UCGUUCCCUUAAUAUAUGUCAUUCCCUUUUUUGUGGGUAGGUAUUAUGACAGUUGUGAUGUUGAGAUCCUAAAAAGUGAACAAGACAGCUUCAGAGUCUUUGCUUUGUUUGGUUUAUCUGCCAAAAAAAAUCUUAAAGUAAAAACAUCUGCUCUGGCUCAGGGUGACUGACUGUAGUCGGCAAGCUAUAAAGUAAUAAUUGGAAAGACAUUGCUUUGGAAACAUAAUGGUUUCCCUUGUUAGAUCAACAUAACAAGGCUUUUUGACGUCUUAUACUGGUCCAAUUUAUAAGUUCCCAUGGUACUAGGAAUGCAGAGCAGUUGCAAUCCUCGAACUUUCACCCACUGCUUCCUGUUAACUCGAGAAGCAGGACGUGAUUUACCGUACUGUCAUCUGGACAUUCAGUUACUGUAAACCUAUAACUAGCAAGCGCUUGAUGCUUGUUCCUCCCGUUUCUCCUCUUGAUUACAGCAAAUCUGGUUGUCCGAUUUAGCCUGCAUCCCUAUGGGAUAGUACUUGCUUUCCAUCAUGUCUGUUGCUGUGCGGAAAAGAAGUUGGGAGGAACAUGUGACUCACCCAUCGGGAUUACAGUACAGCUACGAUGAUCUGGAUCUGGUGUGCUGUCAUGGGAUCAACAGAGACGGACUCUGGGUGGGCUCUGGGGCUUUAAAGCAGGGCCGACAGACGAGGUGUGCCUCCAUGCCAGAGGGCUGCCAGCUGCCUUCAGAUGACCUGGGCCAAACCCCUUUGGUCGAAGCCUUUGCUGUUGACGACGUUGAUGAAUCCGGACGCUUGAGGCAAACCGGAAACAGUGUAAAGUUAAAUUUUCAGGAGUCAGUUCACGGGUUGGUGGGUCCUGACCUUCCACAGAGGAAUCCCAAUUCAGCGCAUCUCCCAGCCACAAACGCUGGGAUUUCUGCAGCCCUGUGUUGUUACUCAAACAGUGACAUCUCUAGCGUUAACACUUCUGCUGCAACUGAUGAUCAGAGUGUGAAAUCCGUUCACAACGACACGGUAAUAGGAACAGAAAGAAGUCUGGGUUGCUUCUUCGAGCGUGAUGUUGCCUUUGAAGGCCUUGAAGUGCAACAAUACAUCUCUAUCUCUUCAAAUAAGGGACCUCCAUUGUCUGGAUCCGCCGUUGAGAAGCCUGGCAAACCUCCAACCCAUCAGCAGACAAAGGAGAGCCACACAGAGGGUUACAGCAGAUCUCCUGAAAUCCCUGAGGUCACACUCAACCGCUGCGCCGCCGCCAAACAGGAACCUCAAACCAACUGCCCAGAUGUUGAAGGAAUUAUUUCCACCUCCGACCAAGCUGGUGCAUGGGGACCGGUUUUUGCGCUGCAAAAUUCUGCUGAUACAAUGGAGAGUGGCAAUGCGUUGUCACUGCCUAAAGCGUCUUUGAAGCCAUUUUUGACUUUUACAAUAGAUGACGAACGUGACAAGGGAUUUACUGAAAGCCAGAGCGCAGUUUUUGUUCACAACCUGGGUGGACCGAACGAGUUGGAAACUAAAAAUGAAAAUGAAGGACUCAAUCAUUUACGAAACGUUCAAGGUGAGCCAGACUAUUCUAACUGUGCUGUGGCGUUAGAUCAGGCCAGUGAUUGUGAAAUCUCCAAAGACCUGAACCUUCCCUCCGCUGCCAAACAGGAGCUUCAGUUUGACUUCCCAGAUGUUAAAGGGAUUAUUUCCAUCUCUGAUCAAGCUGGUGAAGGAGGUUCUAUAUUUGUGCUGCAAAAUUCAGCUGACACGAUGGACAGCGGUAGCACAUCGUCGACGCAACCUGUUGUGGGUUCUUUGCUGGAGGAACAAUGUGACCAAAGAUUUACUCAAAGCCAGAGCACGGUUUUUGCGUGCGGACUGGAUGGACCGGAUGACUCGGAAGCUCUGAACGAAAAUGCAGGACUUGCUCAUCACCCCGGAAACGUCCAAGUCAAGCAGGAUUCUUGUUACGUCGCCAUGGCUUUAGGUGAGGGAAACGAUUGUGAAACGCUUAACCAGAAUAUGGCUGAGCAGCGUGACUUUGCGAAAACCACAGGGAACUGGCCUCAGUUGCCGGAAAGCGCAGAUGAAGGAGAGCCAGCCGUAGCAUAUCAGACUAAAGUUAAAAAUCAGUGUCCGACAUCACUCAAAACUGUAUCGUCUGAACACCAGAGUACUGGAAAUCCGGAAAGAGAGUCCAAGCAGACAAGCACAAUUUUGUGUGCAGGACAAACUUCUCUAAGUCAGUCAUUGGAUAACAUGGUUCAGAGCUCGCUACCCAACGAGUCGACUAUGUGCAAGGAUGCGAACGUAACUCCGCCUGUUGAAAAUAACACUUCGAAGCUGGUGACCAUUCCAGAGAUCCGCCUGGUUGAGGCAGAUGACGACUGUUUGGUAAAAGCUAGAGGGAAAACUAAAGCUGACGUUACUGAAAAUCCAGCUCACAACACCCAUCUGCAUAAUAAACACCAGGCGACUGAGCAACACCUGAACCUUCCCUUCCUCUCUAAAGAGGUCAGCGAUGGGUUCCAUGGCAACCAAACCUCUGGCUUGAGUGAGUCACCUUGUUCCGAGGUGGCAGAUGGUCACAGGGGAAACCACAGCCCGGGGGACGGAGCUGCCGCAACGGGGGAGUCGGAUGAGGCCGUGCUCUCAGCUGUUUCCAGCGACAUGCCCCUGUCCAGCUCAGAUGUCCGUGAGACAGGAGAUCAGAAAGAGGACAGCGUGGCCAAGGUGCGGAUGAGAAAGCGAGAACAUGCUCGUUUGGACUCCAUGGUGCUGCUGCUGAUGAAGCUGGACCAGCUGGACCAGGAAAUUGAGAACGCUCUCAGUGCCACCUCCUCCAUGGACAACACCCCGACUCUUAAUCGCCGUCAUCACUUGGAGACCAAUCAAGGGCCUACACCAGCAGGUUCACUAGCCCUCCCACCUCUACAUACAACUGGAGCUUUCUCAUCUGGAUCUGUAAAAUCCCAUGGAGCCAAAUCUAAAAGUGGGAGCCCCUCUGUUGCUUCUGAGAAGAAAACAGCAGAGAUCGAAGCCAAAGAGGCCUGCACCUGGCUCCGAGCCGCAGGGUUCCCACAGUACGCCCAGCUUUAUGAAGAUUCCCAGUUUCCCAUUGACAUAUCUUCAGUCACCAGAGACCAUGACUUCCUCGACCGCGAUGCCAUUGAGGCUCUCUGCAGGAGGCUGAACACGCUCAACAAGUGCGCUCUGAUGAGACUGGAGAUCUCUCCACAAAGGAAGAGGAGCGAGGACUCGGACGAGGAUGAGCCUUGUGCCAUCAGCGGCCGCUGGACAUUCCAGAGGGACAGCAAGCGAUGGUCCCGCAUGGAGGAGCUGGAGGUUUUCUCCACCUUCCCUACAGACAUGGCCCAAACCCCUUUCCCAAAGGACCAAGCAUCCCAGAAGGGCAAGCUCACUCUGUGUGAAGGGAACAGCUCAGAGAGCGUGCUGACGGACCUCAGCGAGCAGCCCGAGGUGGGCUCCAUCCACAGCGGCGGGAGUGGAGGAAGAGCAGAGGAGAAGAGCCACGGGGCUGCCUCGCUAAAUGAAGCGGCGCCUACCGGUGCCACCCGGGCCAGCUCAGUAGCCAGCAUGUGUUCGUCCUCGGGCACGGGGGGAUCCGCGGGCCACAACGAGGACUCUCUGUCUGACGGGAUGCCUCCGUCGCCCCUGGAGACGCUCCGGCACUUCACCUUCGAUGUCAAGGCGGGGACGGUCGGAGGAAGUCUGGACAGGGGAGGAGGCAGUGGCAAAAGCACUCGCUCACGGGCCAAAAGCUUCCUGAAGAGGAUGGAGAGCUUGCGACUUCGCAGCAGCACCUCCUCCAAGAGGAAGAAGAAGGCGGGGGGCGCCGGCGGAGGGAAAAUAGAAAUCAGCGGGCCUGUCAUGAAACAGGGCUUUGAUGACGACAAGAUGAGGAGGCUGAACUGCGUGGACAUCGCGAGCGUCAACCUCAACCACCACCACAGCCCCCCUCAGACGAUGACCCUCAGCCGCAACCGCUCGGUGUCGUACUCCACGCAGACCAGCAACGGGAGCACCGGGAGCACCGGCAGCAGCCAGUCCGAAGCCAGCAGCGGCAGCGCGGUGAGCACGCCCAGUCCGGUGACCCGAGCCCGCAGCCACAGCACGGCGGCGGGCUCCAGUAAAAGAGGAGGGAUGUAUCUGGAGGGCUUCGACCCCUUUAGCCUCCUCCAACAGGAGCUGGAUCGCCAGCCGCCCCUGCCCAAAUCGGCACCGCCCAUCCCCUGCCAGGCCAGCGACGGGCUGUCCGUCAAUGAGCAGAACCGCAGGAACGACCGCGGCGUUCAAGGCAAACGCAGACCGGAGGAGGGAGAGGAGGAGGAAGAAGAGGAGGACGACGAUAACGACGAUGAUGGGGGCAUGAUUUUCUUCUAUUUGCCCGAAGGCCACAAGCCUGGAACUUUCCCCAAAGCCCUGCAGGAUGGGGGCGUGCGCAGCAACAACAACAACAACGGCAACGACAACGGAAACUCGGUGGUCCUCAGGGGACGGCAGAGCAGGCGCCAGCGGCGCACCUCCUCAGGCUCGGUCGACAGCCGGCUGAGUUUCUACGACAACGUCCCCUACGCCGAAAGGGAGGAGGGAGACAACGAGGAGGGGGACGAACACAAGCUGGACGAGGUGCUCCAACACGUCACCGGCUUCGUCAACGCCUGGUCGGAGGCCGUGGCCGGCGAGGAGGAAGAGGAGGACGACGAGGAAGAGGGGGACUCGGAUUCCGCGCUGGACUCUGCCUCGCCGUGCCCGUCCUCCCCGAUGCAGAACAGGCUGGAAGAGACGGAGAACGGAAGUGACCAGGACAGCACAGGAAACCCCUUGGGCGACGGCGAGGAUGGAAUGAGGGAGAGACGGGACUCAGGCGUGGGAGCGUCUCUUACUCGGACCAGCAGGCCGCAGAAGCUCCGCUGGCCGAGCUUCCAGAACUCCCACCGGCCUAGCCUCGCCUCGGCGCAGCUCCAGAUCAGCUGCCAGUCGGUGCUGCAGAUGAAUCUGCUGCAGAAGCUCUCCCUCCUGCAGCUCACCGCUCUCCUGGAGAAGCACACUCCAACAAACAAGCAUGGCUUCAGCUGGGCUGUGCCGAAGUUCAUGAAGCGAAUCAAAGUGCGCGACUACAAAGACCGGAACGUGUUCGGCGUGCCGCUCCAAGUCAUCGUCCAGCGGACCGGCCAGCCCCUCCCUCAAGGGAUUCAGCAGGCCAUGCGCUAUCUGCGCAAUCAGUGUCUUGACCAGGUGGGCCUUUUCAGGAAGUCUGGAGUGAAAUCUCGCAUCCAAGCUCUUCGCCAAAUGAACGAGGCUAGCGGCGCGGAUGGCGGCGGGGUCAACUACGAGGGCCAGUCGGCCUACGACGUCGCUGACAUGCUGAAGCAGUAUUUCAGAGACUUGCCCGAACCGCUGCUCACCAGCAAGCUGUCCGAGACCUUCCUGCAGAUUUACCAAUAUAUGCCCAAGGAGCUCCGUCUUCAGGCGACCCGCGCCGCUGUGCUGCUGCUGCCGGAUGAGAACCGGGAGGCGCUGCGCACGCUGCUGUGCCUGCUCAGCGACGUGACGGCGAGCGUGGCCGAGAACCAGAUGACGCCCACCAACCUGGCCGUGUGCCUGGCGCCGUCGCUCUUCCACCUCAACACCCUGCGCCGCAAGGAGAGCUCCUCCCCCAGGGUGAUGAACCGGAAGCAGAUGCUGGGAAAACCUGACCAGAGGGACCUGAACGAGAACCUGGCUGCCACUCACGGACUGGCACACAUGAUCCAGGAGUGCAGGAAACUCUUUAGGAUCCCCGAGGAGAUGAACCGCUGCAGGAACUCGUACGUGGAGCAGGCCCUGCUGCCGCAGCGCUUCGAGGAGCUGACCGGCGAAGAGGCGGGGCGGGGAGGCUACAGGGCCUGCCUCCAGGACAGCUUGGACCUGCUCCUGAAGGAGGCCAAAGACAAGUUCAAAGGUUACGACAGCUGCUCCACGCCUGAGCACGCAGAGCUGGCCUGCAGGAAGGUGCACGAUGGAUAUCCACUGAGACUCUGGAAAGUGACCGUAGAGAUUCCUGCGAGUCCUGAUGAGGUUCUGACACGAGUACUGCGAGAGCAGGGGCACUGGGACGAGGACCUGCUGGAAAGCAGAGUAGUGGAGACCCUGGAUGAGCGGACAGAGAUCUACCAGUACAUCCGGAACGCCAUGGCGCCGCAUCCCACCAGAGACCACCUAGUGCUAAGGACAUGGAUCACGGACCUCCCGAAGGGUGCGUGUGCGCUCGUAUCUACGUCUGUGGACCAUGAAGGGGUGCCGGUUGUCGGUGUGCGCGCCAAUGUGCUCACUUCACGCUACUACGUAGAACCCUGUGGAGCCAACAAAUCCAGACUGACACACAUUUCCCGAAUUGACCUCAGGGGCCGUUUUCCAGAGUGGUACAACAAGCUCCAUGGACAGCUGUGUGCCGCCGAGGUGGCGCGAAUAAGAGACUCCUUUACCGUUUCCAUGGAUAAAUAAGCAGGCAAGCGUGCAAUUCGGACCACACCGGAUUCUUGGACUGCAACAAAGCUUUUGGGUGGGGUCGAAUCGUCGUCACGUUUGCAAUGAAAGGACAAAGUCUGGAGCCUGGACUCAAGGACUUGUUUGUCCCGUGUCAAAACAGACUCACUUAACUGGUCGCGUUGGGAGUGCCGAGAGGACUCGCACACAGGUUUACCUCUACUUGGGGACGUAUGGUCGUAUGAUACGGGACGCGUGGUUUAGACUUUAUCUAAAGGGAUGAUACUGCUUCUGAGAAGCAAAGAAGACUCCAGGUAUGCGCGAGCUUGUGCGUGAAGGUGUGUGAAAAGCAACAAACGGCGAACGCACAUUGGUUUACAGGCAGAGGAAAGCGUGUACAUAUAACAUACUCCGAUCAAACGAGCAGCCGUCCGCCCCAUGUUACCUCUGACCAACUUUUCUGUUACGGCGAAGCGCAGGAGGACCCGUAGACGGCAUUAUAGAGAGCUGGUGAAUGAAUCUGUGGGUGAGGAUAGAUGCAAAUCCACGGACUGAGUGGGAACAAUAGACAGGAUAUGGUGAGAUGACAGGUGGGCGACUGCACGCAGGGUUUUAGUGUUUAGUGGUAGAGACAGAGGAGGACUGGUGGCUGGCUCACCAAAAUGAAAGGACUGAUCAGUCGGGGGGGGGGGGGGGGGGGGGCUCAUUUACUGACAGGUAAAAGUCACUCCAAUCCCUCCAGAAGGAUUUGAGUGAGUCAUGGGUUUUAUAUGGAAGCCGAUUUCUGUUUGCCAACAUCCAAAAGACGGGUUUAGUCUCCAUGCUAGUGCCAAAAGCCAGCUCUUUCAGUGACUUGAAAUAGAAAAUCGCAGAAAGAAAGAAAGAAUGAAAGAAAGAAAGAAAAACCCAGAUUCAACGGACCAAAUAAAGAAAAGAGCUGAAAGCUAAUCCUAGAAGGUGGUGGACGUUCGUUUUCGUCUCAAACGCAGCACAGUUCACGGCUUAUUUUGUAUUUGUUGUUUGCAAUUCAUUCCUAUUACAAGUAUAUUGAAAACUACACGUAUUGCAACUUCUUCGUGCACAAGAGAACAGAAGACACGAUGCACUGCUCGAACCCGCAACAGAAACCUCCGGCUACAAGAAAAGAUGAGAGCGAGAGAGAGAGAAAAAAAAAGUCCUUUUAUAAAGGUGGGGAUUUUACAGGUUUUACUGUAAAGAAGAGGGGAGGCUGAAUGUGUUUUUCUAAAGAAGGAUAAAAAUCUUUUUUUUUUUUUUUUUGCGCAAGCGUCAUUCUCUCUAUUAUCUCGCAGUGUUUAAAUAGUAAUUAUAGAGAUUUAGGUCCACGUAACGCCUUCCAGCUUCGACGCUCUUCGAUCGGAGGCCGUCCGUGUUGUUCAAGUCGAGUGUGUAAUUAAUUCACUAAGCCAUUUGUUUGUAUCCUAUGAGUUUGUACCUGUAACAGUGUCUCUGCCAAACAAUAACGCAUGACAAUGACAGUUAAUUUAAAGCAAAUAUAUUUAUACCUCAGACAUAUGUUUGUUUUUGUAUCAUUUUUAUGUUAUUUUAUUGUACAUGGUAAGCUUUGUGUUACAGAAAUGUGUUUUAUCUUUUUUAUUAAUAUUAUUUCUGUACAGGUUAAUCAAAGUGCACUAUUAAAUGUAUUAAAAAUAA